GGGCGGGGUUUAUUUCAGGCUGCUGGCUCUCGUGCACAGUGUGAGAUGAGUAGUGACAGCAGCAUGGACUCACGCUGUCGGGAAAGUAAUGUGCGACCAAAUCCAAGCAGAGGAAACUUCUAGGUGAGGAGCAGACCUCCUCCUGUCGCGACACGAGAGCGCGUGGAUAGAGUGUUUACUGAACAUCCACAGCCUCGUGACUUUCUCUCCAAACUCUCCUUCCACGGGCUCGCGACUCUUCCACAGAAUGAGCUCCCUGCAGGACCGGACAGGUGCGCUCUCAGGUUAAUCACCACAGCUAAUUAUAGAGUGGAAAAUUUAGUGAUAUCAGUGACAAAACAUGGAGGAGGAACACUUUCUGGCGCGUGAGAGAGAUGGGAGUCUGUCGUCCUCCAGUUCACGCACCUUAUCCGAGGGGGAAGACAUGUCGGCUGUCAUGCUGCACAUCAAAGUUUCUGCAGAAGGAGAGGAGGAAGAUGAUGAUGAUGGACACAACUCAGACUUUGAAGGUGUCACUGAAGGAGAAGGAGACAUGCAGAGCAGAAAGGAGGAGGCAGAAGAAGCAGCAGGGGAGGGAGAGAGUGAUGAUGAAGACGAGGAUGAAAAGUUGGACCACAUCCUCUACCCUCCAUCCUCUUGCCUCAGGAAGUCCAGUAACCCCGAGUUGUCUUUCGGAUUAAGUCCUGCUCUCAAGUUUAAGCGACACCUCAGUGAGGAUGGGAAACACGUUCGCAGAAGGAGCCUUGGAGGUGGCCUCACAGGAAAAUACCUUCUGUUACCCACGAACCCCCAGCACACACAUACGACGGGGCAGACGUCAUCUGAGAUCUCAAACCUGGUCCGGAUGCGUUCACGAAACCUGGGGAAGUCGGACCCCUCCCUCACCUCCAGCCUGAAAGAGCUGAGUCUACCGAGAAGAGGCAGUUUCUGCAGAACGAGCAACAGAAAAAGCCUGAUAGGAAGCGGUCAGUCUUCAGGGUUACCACGACCUCACUCUCCUCUCUCAUCUCUCACAGGAACGAGCCCCCAAGACAGCCCGAGAAAUUUCUCUCCCAGUGCCUCUGCUCAUUUCUCCUUUGCACGAAGGACUGAUGGCCGUCGCUGGUCGUUGGCCUCUCUUCCCUCCUCUGGAUAUGGAACCAACACGCCAAGCUCCACCGUCUCUUCAUCCUGUUCAUCACAGGAGAAGCUGCACCAGCUGCCCUUCCAGCCCACGCCUGAUGAACUGCACUUCCUCUCCAAGCACUUCUGCACCGAGAGCAUCUCCGGGGACGAAUGCCGCAGAGCCACGGCCAUGCGACCCCGCUCACGCAGUCUCAGCCCUGGAAGAUCUCCGUCGUGUUACGACCAUGAGAUUAUCAUGAUGAAUCACGUGUACAAGGAGCGCUUUCCUAAGGCCACAGCUCAGAUGGAGGACAGGAUUCAGGACAUCAUCCGCAGCAGCUCUCCGGAGAGCGUCCUCCCUCUGGCAGAUGGCGUGCUCGGCUUUGCCCACCACCAGAUAAUUGAGCUGGCCCGUGACUGUCUGGAGAAGAGCCGACUCGGACUCAUCACCUCCAGCUACUUCUGCGAGCUCACUGAUAAGCUGGAGAGGCUCGUUCAGGAGUCCACAGAGAGAUCAGAGAGCGAGGAAGUGAACUUCAUCAGAGAGCUCGUGAAGAAGAUCCUCAUCGUGAUUGCUCGACCCGCUCGACUGCUUGAAUGUCUGGAGUUUGACCCGGAAGAGUUUUACCACCUCCUGGAGGCUGCUGAGGGACACGCUAAAGAGGGUCAGGGCAUCAAGACGGACAUCCCGCGUUACAUCAUCAGCCAGCUGGGACUCACCAGAGAUCCUCUGGAAGAAAUCGCUCAGCUGACCAGCUGUGACAGCGGGAUUGCAGAAACCCCAGAAACAGAUGACUCAUCUCACAGCCUCAGCACGGCGCUGCGGUGCCGGCGUAAACCCUGUGAGCUGGACUUUGAGAUGACGAAACUGAUCAGCAAUGGUGCCUACGGAGCUGUUUAUCUGGUGCGUCACAAGGAGACAAAGCAGCGGUUCGCCAUGAAGAAGAUCAAUAAGCAGAACCUGAUCCUGAGGAAUCAGAUACAACAAGCCUUUGUGGAGAGAGACAUCCUUACCUUCGCUGAGAACCCCUUUGUGGUGUCCAUGUACUGCUCCUUUGAGACCCGGCGGCACCUGUGCAUGGUCAUGGAGUACGUCGAAGGUGGAGACUGUGCCACCCUUUUGAAGAACAUGGGUCCACUUCCUGUGGAUAUGGCCAGGAUGUACUUUGCAGAGACAGUUUUGGCGCUGGAGUAUCUGCACAACUACGGCAUCGUCCACAGGGACCUCAAACCAGACAAUCUGCUGGUCACAUCCAUGGGUCACAUAAAGCUGACAGAUUUCGGGUUGUCCAAAGUCGGCCUCAUGAACAUGACCACCAACCUCUACGAGGGGCACAUCGAGAAAGACGCCCGGGAGUUCUCUGAUAAGCAGGUGUGUGGAACUCCUGAGUACAUCGCCCCAGAGGUCAUCCUGAGGCAGGGCUACGGGAAGCCGGUGGACUGGUGGGCUAUGGGGAUCAUCCUGUACGAGUUCCUGGUGGGCUGCGUGCCUUUCUUUGGAGACACACCAGAGGAGCUGUUUGGACAGGUCAUCAGUGAUGAGAUCAACUGGCCUGAAGGAGAGGACGCUCCUCCUCCUGACUCCCAGGAGCUCAUCGCUUUGCUGCUGAGACAGAACCCUCUGGAAAGGAUGGGCACAGGUGGAGCAGGUGAAGUGAAGCAGCACCAGUUUUUCCACAACCUGGACUGGAACAGCCUGCUGAGGCAGAAGGCCGAGUUCAUCCCUCAGCUGGAGUCUGAAGAUGAUACCAGCUACUUUGACACUCGCUCUGAGAGGUACCACCACCUGGAGACGGAGGAGGACGACACAAACGAUGAAGACUUCAACGUGGAGCUGCGGCAGUUCUCCUCGUGUUCUCACCGAUUCUCAAAGGUGUACAGCAGUCUGGAUCUGUCCCGCGGGCACCUUGAGGAGAAAGGAGAGACGGAGGCGAAGAAGAGCGAGAGCCCGCUGACCGUUGACUCUCUCAGCUGGACGCCGGACUUUGCUGAAAUGCCGUCUCUGUCCCACUCCACGGACACCGACAGUGUGAAUCAGGGCCCUCGCCCAAACUUGUUGCCAAAGUUUGCCAUCUCAGCAGAGAGCGAGGGAGACGAGACCUCCGGCCUCGGCGACCCCAGUAAGACCUCCUUCAGCAUGGCGGAGCUCCCGCAGGACGAGCCGGACGCCACGACGCCAGGCAGCACGCACAGCGGAGCCACUCUGUCCGGAAGCUUCUCAGAACAUCUGGACCAGCUGACCCCCCGAGGUGAAGGUUUAGAGAGCCCCGACUGCACCAGUCACCCCUCCACAGACCAUGUGACUCAAACCAGCUCUCUGCGACCUGAGAGCGCUGCAGAGAGGAGCGGAGCUGUCCCCAAAGUCCCAAAGUCCAUCUCUACCGGGACCCUGUCGCUCCUGAUCCCUGGAGAUAUCUUCGGGGUGUCUCCGCUGGCCAGCCCCCUGUCUCCUUACUCCCUGUCCUCGGAUCCUUCCUCUCGAGACUCCUCGCCGAGCAGGGACUCCUCCUCGCUCUGCACUUCCAACCCGCGGCAGCCAGUCAUCAUUCACAGCUCGGGGAAGAAGUUCGGCUUCACGCUGAGGGCCAUCAGGGUGUACGCCUGUGAGGGAGACAUCUACACCGUGUACCACAUGGUCUGGAACGUAGAGGAAGGAGGACCGGCACACAAAGCAGGACUCAGAGCUGGAGACCUCAUCACUCAUGUGAACGGAGAAGCGGUCCACGGUCUGGUCCACACUGAGGUGGUGGAGCUGCUGCUGAAGAGUGGCAGCAAAGUCGCCAUCUCGACAACCCCGUUUGAAAACACUUCCAUAAAAACCGGUCCGGCUCGCAGGAACAGCUACAGGAGCAAGAUGGUCAGAUGUGCCAAGAAGCCCAAGAAGGAGAAGACACCAGAGAGGCGGCGCUCCCUGUUCAGACGCUUCGCCAUGCAGCCGUCUCCUCUCCUGCACACGAGCCGCAGCUUCUCCUCCCUGAACCACUCCCUGUCCUCUGGUGAGAGUCUCCCCGGCUCCCCCACCCACAGUCUCUCCCCUCGUUCCCCCACCGCCGCCUUCCGCCCCGCUCCAGACUUCACCCAGUCAGGCGGGAACUCAUCUCAGAGCAGCUCGCCCAGCUCCAGUGCUCCAAACUCUCCUGCAGGCUCGGGCCACAUCCGUCCCUCCACCCUCCACGGCCUCGGCCCCAAGCUGCCGGGUCAACGCCUCCGUCAGGGGCGCCGCAAGUCUGCCGGCAGCAUCCCCCUCUCUCCUCUUGCUCGCACACCUUCUCCCACCCCGCAGCCCACCUCUCCUCAGCGCUCCCCCUCUCCCCUCCUCAGUGGGCACCCUGUUUCUAUUUCCAAGACGACACAAGCCUUCCCAGCAAAGAUACAUUCCCCUCCCACGAUUGUCCGACACAUUGUGCGUCCCAAAAGUGCAGAACCACCUCGCUCGCCCCUCCUGAAGCGAGUCCAAUCCGAGGAGAAGCUUUCCCCUUCUUACAGCGGAGAUAAAAAGCACCUGUGCCCCAGAAAACACAGCCUGGAGGUGACCCAGGAGGAGGUGCAGGAUGAGGAGCAGAGGGAUUACAGCGUCCUGCAGAGUGUGGAAGAAACAGCCUGUGAGCCGCCGGCGAUCACCCGCGUUCGCCCCGUGGAGCAGGGCUGUUUAAAACGGCCCAUCACUCGCAAAGUGGGCCGGCAGGAGUCUGUGGAGGAUCUGGAUAAGGAGAAACUCAAGUCCAAAGUGGUUGUGAAGAGGCAGGACUGGUCCGAGAGGAGGGAGUCUCUGCAAAAGCAAGAUGCCCUGCGGGAAGCUGAGUCCUCCCAGGUGUGUGUUGAGGAGAGGGAUGAAGGUUUCCUGAGCAGGGGGCUGAACAAGAGCAGCUCAGACUCCGGCCCCCUAGAGGCCAAAGCUGCUAGCUCCACUCUGAAAGAUGUGCUGUAUAAAAAACUCUCCACACGGGUCUCUGAGGGCAUCGCUGACUCAUCAGGGAGCUGUGAAAGCGAAGGCGGACUCAGAUCAACUCUGUGCUCCAUCCACCCAGACUGGCAGCACUCCAGGCCAGGUAAAGACAACAUCAAACCAGACAGGCUGGACUUCAAAGCACCGAACAUGGAGUUCACGAGGAAGAGGCUCUCCUUUGAAGAACGAGACGACUGCAUGUGUCGCUGCUCCCCCACCAUCCACGAGAACCUGCACUUCGGCUCCACCAGAUCCAAGAGCCUCCAGCUGGACUCGGCUUUAUCUCACGACCACAUGAAACCAGGACUUGGGAGUGUUCACUCCAGCCCUGAAGGUCUGACCCCGAAGCUUUUCGCCGGCAGAGGAGAGAGCGCCGUGGAGAAGCUGCAGCUCAUCUCAGCGGAGUCUCCACUCAGGAAGACGUCCUCUGAGUACAAACUGGAAGGACGCCACGUCUCCUCUCUGAGACCUCUAGAGGGCACUCUGGAUAUUGGUCUCCUCUCAGGGCCUAGGGUGUCUAAAACAGAGACUUGCUUAUCCAAGAUGGUGGAGAACACGAGUGAAACGGUUCCUCUGAGCCCUCAGAUUUGGCUGCAGACCCCCUCAGAGAAGCAGAUCACCAUCCCUCAUUCCAAAACCUCGGACAAACAGAAGAGCCCUCUCGCUUGUUCUCCAAUCUCUGACGCUGUUUCAUCUCUGCAGAGCAUCGUCGCCUCAAAAGAAACUUUACAUAAUGCCCCCUCGGAUAUUAAGAUCAUAACAAGUGGAGAGAAAACACAGGAGAGGCACAAUGACCUGUUAAAGGCUCAAAGCUGCAAAGUGGAGGCCUCAACGUUUGCCACUAAACCGGAGAGCAGGACGAGUCUGAAGACGAGUUCAUCGCUGUCUCACGAGCACAGAGCCCCUCGACACAGCUCACACUUCUCCUGUGGAAAAACACCGUCCAUACGGGAGGUGAGCAACGAAGAUCAGGAGGACGAAGCGGAGCCACAGGAGGUCACGGCAAACACUACAUCACAGAGCAGAGACAGCUCCAAGACAGAAGCUUCUUUGACGGCAGCGAAGCCGGAGGUGGAAAUAAAGCCUGCAAAGAGUCCAGCUGCCAGAGAGCCAUUACCUGUAUCACCGAAGCAGAGCGUAAACGGCGGUUUGGACACGGGUCAGCGUCAGGGCGGGGAGAAAAGAACGGCUCCUUCACAGACCUGGAACAUGACCUCUGUUUCUGACGUGACGGUACAGAACAUCCCUGAACGCGCUCCAGAGAAUGUGCUUUCAAAACAGCAGCCGCUGAACAUCUGCUCUUCAAAUAGAAAACCGCAGGUUUCUAUCACGACAUCAGCAGCUGCUCCUGUGCAGGAAGGGAAGAGCUGCAGUUUGGAAGCGAAGAGUGGAAACAGCUCAGUCAGCAAGGACAGCGUGCAGCCGAACAGGCCGGCUGUGAGCGCUUCAGACGACACAAGCAGAAGUGCGGGCGUUGUUAAAGUUGAGGUGACGCCAAAAGUGGAACAGAAAAAAGACUUUUCAACAACAUGUAAGAUCACCUUGUUGAAUAAUGUUCCAGGAGAGACUUCAGGGGACAACAAGAAGGAUAAAACUGUGUCUGUGAGUGCUGUAGAAAGCGGUAGCAUAGCGCUGCAGAAAAAAGACGAUCCCAUUUCACCAAAGAUGAAGAAUGUGAAAGAUUCAGAGCAGCUAUCGAAAACCUGUCCUGCUGAAAAAGCACAAAACAAAUCAACGGAUUCAGAUAUCACCUCCAAGAAAGAAGAGCCUGUCGUCCCUGCAGCUAAACAGAAAUCUUCAACUUCAAGUGAGAACGCUUUGAGUCCCAAGAGUAAGCUGAGGCCUGACGCACAACCUGUAGCAAACACUGCUGUGAAGACGGAGAAGGAGGUGAAGAGUCCUCCUGUGGUCGUUGUUAAGGGUCACAGUCUGAACGUGAAACAGAGAGAUCUGUCUAAAGAAUCUGCGCCCUCAAACGUUCAACGUAAAGACUCUGUGUUGCCGUCCGCUGGAGUUGAAAAAUCCCUGCAGCUGACGCAAUCCCUCUCUAAAGAAACCCAGCCCAAAAUCUCUGUAGCAGCUUCAGCUCCAACACUCAAAGAGAACAUCGACUCAAAGCCAAAACCUCUCUCUCCUAAAACCGUCCAGUCUUCAUCGAGUGUUAAAACCUCAGUAGCUCCAACACCGGUCAUGAAACAAAGCUUUGACGCCAAACAGAAAGACCCCUCCCCCAAAAAACAAGCCGCAGUUGUUAGAAAUCUUCACGACUCCAAACCAAAACACGUCGCUUCACCUCUAGCGGCGCCUCAGACUCCGCCGUCAGACGUCCCCUCCCACCCUGAUCCGCCUCCUGUGCUGCCCAAACCCGCAAUGAAGAAGGAAACAACUUGGCAAAGCAGUGUAGCAGUCGCAGGAAAGACCUCCACCUGUGCAACCCAGGACACUCUCAUCAAGGUAUCCAAGGAUGGUCACAAAAGCCCUGAAACCAGAACCACCAACACCACCCCGGACAAACAGGCCGCCUCCAGCAAGAGGGAGACGCUGGAGAGGAAGAAAAAAGAGACAGUCCAAGAGGCACAGAAAAACACAAAAAGAGACUUUCCCAGAGCUGCUCCCUCUGCGCCCAAAGACGGCUCGGACAAAGACUCAGGCCGGGGGAAGCAGCAGAAAGAGUCACCGCGAAGCUCUGGCUUCAAAAAGUAAAAAGAGGGGAAUGAAGAAAGAGAAGCUGGAUGUGUUAAAAUAUUCAAAAUGUUUUGUGCAAACAUCAUCAUGCCUUUCUUUUCAUUUGAGGACCGGGCAAGCUGUUACGUGCUGAUAGAAAGGAAGGGUUGUGUGAGAGUGUGUGUGUGUGUGUGUGUGUGUGUUUCUAGGUCUGAAUGUAGGCAAUCAUUUGCUGAUCAUUUCUGGUGUUUUUUUUACUUUUUAUGUCAAAGUGAAUGUUGGGAUGUAUUGUUUCUGUUUCUUGCAGAAUGCUUUGUGCAAUCAAACGUGUCAGGGGGGCGACGGAGGGGGACAGGGAAGUAGCCUUACAAAGGUUGUGACGUACUGUUGAGUCAGUGCCAUACAUGAUUUUUUUGAAUUGCACUCUUGGAGGACCUGAUGUCUUUUAAUGCAGUAGAACAUUUAGCAGGUUUCUGUUCCUUGAAUUGGAUGUUUUUUAGGCGGUGGAGAGGGACACCGAGGGGAACUCACGACAUCCUGAAAGCUUAAACCGACUACAGAAUCAUCUCACGGUUCUAGAAAUUAAAGAUUAGUGAAGGGGCCUUAGAAUUAUGGGAAAUAAAAAACUUGCUGUUCUUUAGCAAGGUGUUAAUUCACAUUCCUCUGACAUGUGUACAUAUAUUUUUUUGAUUUUUAUGCAAUAGGGGUGUAAAUAUGACGACACUGUAAAACUGGGACACAUGGGGCUUACAUGAUUGUUGUUUGUAAUAUAUGUAUAGAUUUUUGCAGCGUGUUAGAGUACAACGUUCUGCUUCUGGUCUAAAGUAAGCUAGCGUGAUGUGUCUCGUCAAAAGGCAUCCUCCUCUUCUUCUUCGUGACCUUUCACAUGUUCCAAAAUUAACUUGAAGAACGAGAGGAUUAAAAACAGGGAUGAUGGGGACGAGUGAGCUAUGUCUUAAAAUGUAGCAUUUUAAAGAAAAACUGUGAGGGCUGUCAGCUUUCCUAAGAACGUCUUUAUUGUUGAUGAUGUGUUUUGCUGGUUCACUGCGGUGUGAGAGUGAUGAUAAAUGUAAAAAGAUGAGAGAUUGUGUUUCUUUUGCUGCGUUUCCACCAAAAGUACUGGGACUUUAAGACUUUUAGGGUGGGGUACUCUUCAAGGGAUUAAAGGGUUCUUUCAGCCCGUUGUAGUCUGUGUUUCCUUGGACGACCUUUAAAGCUAUGUGAGAUCAGUCUUCUGGAUGAUGCACCUACUAAACCAAUCAGAAAAUACAGCACCUGUUCUUUCAAAAAGUACCCCCUAGUUCCUAGUCCCUGACGAAAGUUCUUACAGUGGAAACAGGGCUUGAACGUGAUGUCAGAAAAAAAUGGCCGCCGUGUGAGUGCUGUGAACAAGAUGAGACACCAGUUGUGCGAUUGUUGCAGUGAAUAUCUGAAGGGCGUCAUUUCCAGUCAUGUCUGUGUCCGUAAAAGAUGAGAGAUUGUGUUUCUUUUGCUGCGUUUCCACUAAAAGUAUCGGGGACUUUAAGACUUAGUCCAGGGGUCUACUGUUCAAGGGAUUAAAGGGUUCUUUCAGCCCGUUGUAGUCUGUGUUUCCUUGGAUAACUAAAGACCUGUAAAGACAGAUCAGUCUUCUGGAUGAUACACCUACUCAACCAAUCAGAAAAUACAGCACCUGUUCUUUCAAAAAGUACCCCCUAGUUCCUAGUCCCUGGAGAAAGUUCUUACAGUGGAAACGGGGCUUUACACGGCGGCCAUAAAGCAGUCUGAAAAUGUACCUACAUUUUAGCUCUCCUCUUUGAACAUGAUGUAAGAAAAAAAUGGCCGCUGUAUGAGUGCCGUGAAAGAGAUGAGCCACAAGUUGUGCUAUUGUUGCAGUGAAUAUCUGAAGGGCGUCAUUUCCAGUCAUGUCUGUGACUUUAAGACUAAGUCCUGGGGUCUACUCUUCAAGGGAUUAAAGGGUUCCUUCAGCCCGUUGUAGUCUGUGUUUCCUUGGACGUCUAAAGACCUGUAAAGAUCAGCCUUCUGGAUGAUCCUCCUACUCAACCAAUCAGUAAAUACAGCACCGUAAAGUACCUGUUCUUUCAAAAAGUACCCCCCUAGUUCCAAGUCCCUGGUGAAAGUUCUUACAGUGGAAACUAGGCUUUACAUGGCAGCCAUAAAGCAGUUUGAAAUGUACCUACAUUUGAGCUCUCCUCCUUGAACGUGAUGUCAGAAAAAAAUGGCCGCCGUGUGAGUGCUGUGAACGAGAUGAGCCACAAGUUGUGCUAUUGUUGCAGUGAAUAUCUGAAGGGCGUCAUUUCCAGUCAUGUCUGUGUCCACUCAAAGUGAUACAUCAUCAGUCAUCAAAAUAAGAUUUGAGAGUGUUCACACUCGCAGGGUUUCCAAGGAUUUGGAUGUCAGGUUGCUGUUUCAGUGUUGUGUUUUGAUCUCUUCAUGAUGACAAAAAGUAAAGGCGAGGAAUCCUGAUCAUCUGAACCGCAUUUUUCACAACAUUCAAUGUUAGUGUGCAAAUACUUGGUACUACACAUAUAGGCUCAUAUAUCCGCGAUCACUUUCUGCAGUUAGCUCACACGCUCAAACACGUCUUUUCUACACUGUAGCUGACUUUUUAAAAAAUUUAAACCCUUAAGGACAACAGUGAAGUAGCCUAGGACACUGUAAACACAGUAUCUGCUCUGCUGUGCUGGUUAAUAUAAAAAUAAUCUACAUACAGAAAAGACUUCAGAUUAUCUUAAAUGUCCUGUAACCGAGAGAGGAAGCUGAAACAGGAGAUUUUAAAAAGAAUCUGACGUGUACGUGUGUCAGAUAUUUAAUGUAAAUGUAUCGCUAUUGUUUGUGGAAGAAAAAAAAAGCACCUUAAUGUUUGCCAGUGUUCAGUUCACAUGUGAGGAGGAGAGUGAAAGGGGAACUGAGACUGGUGUUUAAAACCCCCACGUCAGAUUUAAAUGAGUCACUGAAUUUUAUUUGAUCGAUUGAACGUCUUUUCUUUCCCGUGACGGCCGGCAUUUAAAUCCUCAAAGCACAUUCAAUGUUUGUUUACAAAGCAUCAUGGAUGUAUAUUUUGUAUAUUGUUGAUUUGCCAAAUCUAUGUUCUGUGUCACAGAUAAUGUUGUUGAUAGUGGGAUGUUCACUAAGAACAUUUGUUUGUGCAGUAAUCAACGUCUAUUCAUGUCAGGUUUCUUCUUCUUCUUCGUCUGCUUGUCUUUUUGGUUUUUCCUUUGUUUCUUUCUUCCUCUGUGAAAACUAGUAUUAGAUGAACUUACGCUUCUGAUGGUUUGUCUUUUAGAAUAUGUGCAAUAAAAGUGUUUUGAGUUUUGUAUUUUGCCCAAGGAAAGCUCUAUGGAUGUCAUAGAUGUUGUAUAUUAAAACAGAUAUUUAUACUUCUAAUGUUGCGUAAUAUUGAAAAUAAAAUUGAAUUAUGAA